UAUGAUCAUGUGGUUUCCUGUUGGAACCAGCAGGAUGCCGCGUUCGCGGCAGCUAUGACAACGGAAGUUUAACCAUGGCUGGGUCGAGCCCUCCGAAGAAACCCUCAGUCUCUAAAACUCCCCAGAAAGUACUCAAAUGCACUGUGCAACUUAACAUUAAGGCCGUCACCUGCCCAGGAGUGCUUCUUCCCAGCCACCAUGACAUCUACUUAAGUGUUUGUGUCCUGGGCCAGUUCCAUAAAACCAACUGUCUGCCUCCUAUUUUCCCUCUCUUAUUCCAUGAAAAGAUGGUCUUUCAAAAGACCUUUGCAGAAGCAGUUGAUCCUAGUGAUGUUGCUGAACUGCUGGAAUUUGACACAACCUGUUUUGAGCUGAUUCAACUCAUUCCUCCAGAAGGAGAGAUUUUAGCAACUGUGGAGCAGAACUCCCGGGACUUUCUGUAUCCAGACCCUACACUCUCCCCAAGGAGCUCCAGUCAUGAGAGAAAGAUUCUGAUGAACAGAUCUUCCUCCUUCCCUGGAAUAUCUCCUCGAGUGGAAUUCUCGACGACUUCUAUAAUCCAAGACUGCAGUUUGAAAGCCCAAGCUCCUAUGUCCACUCCAUCUUCUGAAAAGACAAGGUGUAGCAGGAGGGCCGCAGGGGUCUGCCGACCUGAGCUUAAGGCAAAGCAGCAGGCGGGUCCAACCUGCAGCUAUGAGAGGCCCACAGUUGCUUCCCAAACCCGCUCCCUGUCACCGUACACCCACCGGCGCAUGUGCCAGCUGUCUGAAGACACCAGGCAGCGCCUCAGUCACCUGCAACUAGGACCCUUCAAGUUCAAGAAGGAAUCUGAGAGCCUUCCUCCCUUUGUGGUUCCUCGCAUGCUGAGCUCCUCCACGAAUGAAUCCUCUGUGUCUCAUCACACCUCGUCUCCCAAGAGCUUCCGUCGCAGCUGGGCCGCCAGCUCCACAGUAGACCACACUGAUGAUCCCUCCCUUCUUGGCAGCUACAGACCAAAGCUCGCUAGAGGCCAUAGAAGCUCUCUGAAGGAGCGCAGGUCUCCUGGGGAGGCGUCACGACACAGGCACACCAGCCCCCCCACUGCAGGGUUCCUGGCAGCUCACUCCACCCCAUUGUCUGGUGUGAAGAUCACCCAGAGUCCCCUGCUGAGUCGAUCGUCCCUGAGGGAGAGGUUCCAGAAUGGUCCGUCAAGCCCAGCAUGCUGGGAGGAGAUCCACAGAAGGGUACAGAGGAUUCUGCGGACCCACAGCGCUCGCAUGAGGCUCAGCUUUGAUGACCUUGGUUCACACCAGCACACACCUAGGCGCAGGCCUUAUGUCCCCUGUGACAAUUCCCUGUGUGACGGCCAGGACCUUCCAGACAGUGAAAGGGCUCAAAGAGAGUUCUCUGGGCAUUUGAACAGUGACGCGUUCUGGUCGAAGCGGGCAGCCCAGUACACAGGUCAGUCCCGCCGGGCCGUGUUUGAGGACUCCCUGGGCCGGGUCUACAAGGACCUCUACAACAGUAUCACUAAUACCAGUUAAGUGGAAGCAGCCUUGUGUGACACCUGUCUGUGCCAACUUAGAUUUAGUGAUGUUAGACACUGAGGAAAAAUCCCUAAAUGGUGCUAGCCUUAAAUGAUUCAAUCAUGAAAAGAAAUAUUUAUUUUUGUAUGCACAGACUUUCACUUAAAUAUCUUACAAUUUGUCUGUACU